AUGGGAGGAACUGAGACCAAAGGAGAUGUAGGCAGUGACCAAAGCCUGCUGUCUCCGAAAAUUAGGAAACUGGGUGAGAAAAAGAACAACCGGUUUGACUCUGCCAAGUUAGAACACCCAGAGGUCAGGCGUCAGUUCAACAUUUCCCUAAAUAAUAGAUGUAACAUCCUCCAAACGGAAGCGGAGAUAAUCAUCUACUCCAGGAGGCUGGUAAGACAGUUCUAAAGGAGAAAAACACAAAAGCAUAACAACAUCAAAACCAAACUCUGCCUGUUCAGUAGUAAUGUCCUCAGUGUUCUUCUCUACAUUUUACAUUUUAGUCAUUUAGCAGACGCUCUUAUCCUAACUUACAGUUAGUGAGUGCAUACAUUUUCAUACUGGCCCCCCGUGGGAAACGUACCCACAACCCUGGCGUUGCAAAAAACUAGAGAUUUUCUAAUAUUCUUGCAACAUCAGACGAAUGUGUUAUACAAACGUUCUAUAAUCAUCAGCACGACCGGACAGGUUUUGUGUUAUCAGAACACUUCAUGCAGCCUAACAAAUGUUUCGGGAACUUUCACAUAAACAAUUUGGGUUUGCUGGGAAAACAUUACUGGUGCAUUGUGUUAUUACAUUACCUGGAAACCUAAUGAGAACAUUUUGGGAAUGUUCUGUGGCGAUUGUUACAGAUGUUGUGCACAGCAUUUUAGUGAAUUUUAGGAAAACAUUCCAAGGAUUAUAUUUAAAUUUGAAGGGAAAAAAUGUUUUUAUCAUAAUGUUAGAUAAAACCCUAACUAGAACUAACCCCAACUAGAACUAACCCCAACUAGAACUAACCCCAACUAGAACUAACCCCAACUAGAACUAACCCCAACUAGAACUAACCCCAACUAGAACUUAAUGGGAAUCUUUGCUGGGUAAAUAUAGUUUUUAUUUAACCUCAAUGACAUUUGAAAAAGUGUUGUUUAUGAAGUUCUAAGUUCCAAGUUCCACUUCUUAAAAAGGCACCGGAUUGGUGGAACUACCAACAACACCUCUGGAGUCCUUUAUGGAAUAAGAAUGACAUGACCUCUUCUCUUCUAGUGUCAGUGGAAUAACACAGUAUGUUAUUGUCUCUACAGGACCGCCCUCUGCUCCUCGUAACGCCAUUUCCAACGUAAACGAGACGUCGGUCUUCCUGGAGUGGGCGGUUCCCGAGGAGACUGGCGGCAGGAAGGACGUCAGCUAUAACAUCCUGUGCCGUAAGAUCAGCGUUGACAGCAGACACUACGAGGAGUGCGACAGCACGGUGCGGUUCCUGCCCCAACGCAGCGGUCUCACCAACAACUCUGUGAUGGUGGCAGACCUUCUGGCUCACACUAACUACACCUUCGAGGUGGAGGCCAUCAAUGGAGUGUCUGAGCUCAUCAACCCCGGACGAACGUUUGUCUCUCUCAACGUCACCACCAACCAGGCAGGUUAGUGUCUUCACAUGAUCUAUAUAUAUAAAAAAAAAAAAAUAUCUACACACAAUACCCCAUAAUGACAAAGCAAAAACACGUUUUUAGAAAAACGAAAAUAUCACAUUUACAUAAGUAUUCAGACCCAUUACUCAGCGUUGAAGCACCUUUGGCAGCGAUUACAGCCUUGAGUCUUCUUGGGUAUGACGCUACAAGCUUGGCAAUGCCAAGUGUGCAAAGCUGUCAUCAAGGCACAGGGUGUCUAUUUGAAGAAUCUCAAAUAUAAAAUAUAAUUUGAUUUGUUUAACACUUUUUUGGUUACUACAUGAUUCCAUAUGUGUUAUUUCAUAGUUUUGAUAUCUUCACUAUUAUUCUACAAUGUAGAAAAUAGUAAAAAAUAAAGAAAAACCCUUGAAUGAGGAGGUGUUCUAAAACUUUUGACCGGUAGUGUAUAUACUUUAUAUACCACAACCACCAUAUCGAGUCUCCACAGACAGAGACAAUGAAAGGCUAAAGAUGCACUUGAAGAAACUGUAUUCAAUUAGCCCCACUCCGUCAGUGAACACACCCUCUGUGCGUUGGAGGCUCACACCUUGCCAUGCGGACAAAAAACCAAUGAAUGAUGAAGCAGAUGAGAUCAGAGUUCCUACCACCUCUUCUCUGACUCAUGUCUUUGGAAUAGCCCUGUCAAUGGAUACCUUCUCCAGAGGGAGAGAGGGGGGAGGAGUCGUUCGAGAGAGACAUAUUUUAAUUGGUUAGCUUCUCUCACACGUUACGGUAACAUUUCUAUUACCUGUGACACUAGGCCAACUAUCCAUGUAGAGCAAAGCAACGAGCAGACUGUUCUGAGUCCUCUGAAAAGGUUGUACAAUGUCUUCCUGUGUACUGUAUGUCCUACUGUCAAUUAGAUUGGAUUUCUAAUUGAAUGAGCUGCUUUCAGGGGAUCACCCAAUCCUAUUGGAUGCCAGUUUAGUGUCUGAAGAGUUCAUUGUAGAGUAAAUCACAAGAGCACUUUACUGAAGCCAGUCCUUGGAGACCCGGGCUGAGUCCCAAAUGGCACCCUAUUCCUUAUGUAGUGCACUACUUUAGACCAGGGCCCAUAGGAUAUGCACUGUAUAGGGAAAUUGAGUGCCUUUUCGGGUUUGCCACUGUAAUCAUGGUCCAGAUCCAAGCUGUUAACAGGAUACAGAUCCAAGCAGCAGGCUGGUCCUAGAUCCAAGCUUUACAGGAGUAGAUCAAGUGUUAUAACCAGCAAUCCAACCAAGCUGUAAGGAUACAGACAAGAGAGCAAUGUCAGGUCAAAGAUGCAUUAAGGAAAAUCCAGUGAUUAACCAGCCAUGUCCAGAUCAAGCUGUUAACAGGAACAGAUCCAAGUGUUUAACCAGCAUGGUCCAGGAUCCAACGCAUGUUAACAGGAUAAGAUCAGUGUUCUACCAGCAUGUCCAGAUCCAAGCUGUUAACAGGAUACCAGAUCCAAGGUCUUACCAGCAUGGCAGAGAGGGGGAGAGUGUUACAGGAACGAUCAAGUGUUUAACCAGAUGGUAGCAAUCCAAGCUGUAACGGAUACAGCCAAGUGUUUAACCGAUGUCAGAUCCAACUGUUCACAGUAGAUACAGAUCCAAGAGCAGGCUGUUCCAGAUCCAAGCUGUAACAGGAUCAGUACAAGUGUUUACCGGAUGUCAGAUCCAAGCUGUUAAAAGGAUUACAGAUCCAAGGUGUUUAACCAGCAUGCCAGAUCCAAGUGGUUACAGAUACGUAUCAAGCAGCAUGUCAGGUCCAGAUCCAAGCUUUAACGAACAGAUCCAGUGUUUAACCACGCAUGGUCCAAUGCAAGCUGUUAACAGGAUACAGAUCCAGCGUUUGAACAGAUGGUCCAAGAUCCAGCUGUUACGGUACAGAUCCGCAGCAUGGCAUGGCCAGAUCCAGCUUGAAGGAUCAGUCCAGUGUUAACCGAUGGUCCAGAUCCAAGAUGUAAACAGGAUACAGAUCCAAGUGUUAACCAGAUGGUCAGAUCCAAGCUGUUAACAGGAUACCAGAUCCAAGCAGCUGGAUGGUCCAGAUCCAAGCUGUUAACAGGAUCAGAUCAAGUGUUUAACCAGCAUGGUCCAGAUCCAAGCUGUUAACAGGAUACAGAUCCAAGUGUUAACCAGCAUGGUCCAGAUCCAAGCUGUUAACAGGAUACAGAUCCAAGUGUUUAAACCAGCAUGGUCCAGAUCCAAGCUGUUAACAGGAUACAGAUCCAAGUGUUUAACCAGCAUGGUCCAGAUCCAAGCUGUUAACAGGAUACAGAUCCAAGCAGCAUGGCAUGGUCCAGAUCCAAGCUGUUAACAGGAUACAGAUCCAAGUGUUUAACCAGCAUGGUCCAGAUCCAAGCUGUUAACAGGAUACAGAUCCAAGUGUUUAACCAGCAUGGUCCAGAUCCAAGCUGUUAACAGGAUACAGAUCCAAGUGUUUUAACCAGCAUGGUCCAGAUCCAAGCUGUUAACAGGAUACAGAUCCAAGUGUUUAACCAGCAUGGUCCAGAUCCAAGCUGUUAACAGGAUACAGAUCCAAGUGUUUAACCAGCAUGGUCCAGAUCCAAGCUGUAAACAGGAUACAGAUCCAAGUGUUUAAACCAGCAUGGUCCAGAUCCAAGCUGUUAACAGGAUACAGAUCCAAGCAGCAUGGCAUGGUCCAGAUCCAAGCUGUUUAACAGGAUACAGAUCAAGUGUUUAACCAGCAUGGUCCAGAUCCAAGCUGUUAACAGGAUACAGAUCCAAGUGUUUAACCAGCAUGGUCCAGAUCCAAGCUGUUAACAGGAUACAGAUCCAAGCAGCAUGGCAUGGUCCAGAUCCAAGCUGUUAACAGGAUACAGAUCCAAGUGUUUAACCAGCAUGGUCCAGAUCCAAGCUGUUAACAGGAUACAGAUCCAAGCGUUUAACCAGCAUGGUCCAGAUCCAAGCUGUUAACAGGAUACAGAUCCAAGCAGCAUGGCAUGGUCCAGAUCCAAGCUGCUAACAGGAUACAGAUCCAAGUGUUUAACCAGCAUGGUCCAGAUCCAAGAUGUAAACAGGAUACAGAUCCAAGUGUUUAACCAGCAUGGUCCAGAUCCAAGCUGUUAACAGGAUACAGAUCCAAGCAGCAUGGCAUGGUCCAGAUCCAAGCUGUUAACAGGAUACAGAUCAAGUGUUUAACCAGCAUGGUCCAGAUCCAAGCUGUUAACAGGAUACAGAUCCAAGUGUUUAACCAGCAUGGUCCAGAUCCAAGCUGUUAACAGGAUACAGAUCCAAGUGUUUAACCAGCAUGGUCCAGAUCCAAGCUGUUAACAGGAUACAGAUCCAAGUGUUUAACCAGCAUGGUCCAGAUCCAAGCUGUUAACAGGAUACAGAUCCAAGCAGCAUGGCAUGGUCCAGAUCCAAGCUGUUAACAGGAUACAGAUCCAAGUGUUUAACCAGCAUGGUCCAGAUCCAAGCUGUUAACAGGAUACAGAUCCAAGUGUUUAACCAGCAUGGUCCAGAUCCAAGCUGUUAACAGGAUACAGAUCCAAGUGUUUAACCAGCAUGGUCCAGAUCCAAGCUGUUAACAGGAUACAGAUCCAAGUGUUUAACCAGCAUGGUCCAGAUCCAAGCUGUUAACAGGAUACAGAUCCAAGUGUUUAACCAGCAUGGUCCAGAUCCAAGCUGUUAACAGGAUACAGAUCCAAGUGUUUAACCAGCAUGGUCCAGAUCCAAGCUGUUAACAGGAUACAGAUCCAAGCAGCAUGGCAUGGUCCAGAUCCAAGCUGUUAACAGGAUACAGAUCCAAGUGUUUAACCAGCAUGGUCCAGAUCCAAGCUGUUAACAGGAUACAGAUCCAAGCAGCAUGGCAUGGUCCAGAUCCAAGCUGUUAACAGGAUCCAGAUCCAAGUGUUUAACCAGUUCUUGUUAACCGCACUAUGUUCAUAACAUUGUCAGCCGGGGAUUGACUGUAGGUCUCACGGUAAUGUAAUGUAAUUAACAUAAUCACGUUUAGCAUCUCCAGGCCACCAGCAUACAAGCCGGAUACAAGCCACGGAAAUAUCUACAUUUAAAAAAAGUAUAAUAAAUCUAUUGAAUAUACACCAUCACAAUAAAUCCAUUAUAUAUUUUAGUCAGGUCUAAAGAAACAUUAUGAUAUGAAGAAAAUGUAUUUCAGAAGAACAGAAUAUGAGUUGGCCUACUGUAUGUUAUCCGGCUAUGCUCCAUGCCAUAGGCUGUAGGCUUGUUCAUUUAGCUGACAAGAUAUGCUUAUAAAUCCCUUACCAUUAUUUUAUAUUAUAUGAUUUUAUAGUAAGAAUGUAAUUGAACUUAGCUUAAUAAAAUAGAUUGGAUAUAUUUUCCCAUUCUGCAGCGAGAGCACAUAUGAAGUGGCUAUGUUGAGCGUAAAAGUGAUCAUUUGAAACAGGUCCUAUAUGCCAGAUUUGGCAAUUUUAGUUGUGAAUGAUACAAACUUUAGAAUGUCUAAGAAAUUAAAUGAUAUAUGGGCUGAAUGAUGCGACUACAUCCUGCUGAUGACUUGAGAAAGUCUGUUCCAAUAGUGGACUACUUUUAACCAGGCCUGCAGCACACGCUGUUCUCUCAUCAAGUCAUCAUAUUUUCACCCCCAUCACACUAUUCUCAAUUUAAAUCUUGUCUUUACUAAUAUGUAACAUUUGUUUCAAUUUAUACUGGCCCACUUAAAAAUGGGCAUGAACAGGGGCGGGAAUUAUUUUUGAUGUGGCGGUAAUAAGGUUGAAAUUUGACUGAGGUGUGGUGGUAACACGGUGUGGUGGUAACACGGUGUGGUGGUAAUACGGUGUGGUGGUAACACGGUGUGGUGGUAACACGGUGUGGUGGUAACACGGUGUGGUGGUAAUACGGUGUGGUGGUAACACAGUGUGGUGGUAACACGGUGUGGUGGUAACACGGUGUGGUGGUAACACGGUGUGGUGGUAACACGGUGUGGUGGUAACACGGUGUGGUGGUAACACGGUGUGGUGGUAACACGGUGUGGUGGUAAUACGGUGUGGUGGUAACACAGUGUGGUGGUAACACGGUGUGGUGGUAACACGGUGUGGUGGUAACACGGUGUGGUGGUAACACGGUGUGGUGGUAACACGGUGUGGUGGUAACACGGUGUGGUGGUAACACGGUGUGGUGGUAAUACGGUGUGGUGGUAACACGGUGUGGUGGUAAUACGGUGUGGUGGUAACACAGUGUGGUGGUAACACGGUGUGGUGGUAACACGGUGUGGUGGUAACACGGUGUGGUGGUAACACGGUGUGGUGGUAACACGGUGUGGUGUAAAUAACGGUGUGUGGUAACACGGUGUGGGUGGUAUACGGUGUGGUGGUAACACGGUGUGGUGGUAAUACGGUGUGGUGGUCACGCAGUGUGGUGGUAAUACGGUGUGGUGGAACACGGUGUUGUGGUGGUAAUACGGUGUGGUGGUAAUACGGUGUGGUGGUAAUAGGGUUGUGGUGUAAUACGGUUAUGGUGGUAACACGGUGGUGGUGGUAACACGGUGUGGUGGUAACACGGUGUGGUAAUAGGUGUGGUGGUAACACGGUGGUGUGGUCACACGGGUGGUGGUCAACACGGUGUGGUGGUAACACGGUGUGGUGGUCACAGGGUUUGUGGUUGGUAACACGGUUUGUGGUGGUAACACGGUGUGGUGGUCACACGGUGUGGUGGUAACACGGUGUGGUGGUAAUACGGUGUGGGUGGUAAUACGGUGUGGUGGUAACACGGUGUGGGGGUAAAAACGGUGUGGUGGUCCACGGUGUGGUGGUCACACGUGUGGUGUCCACGGUGUGGUGGUCACACGGUGUGGUGGUAAUACGGUGUGGUGGUAAUACGGUGUGGUGGUAAUACGGUGUGGUGGUAACACGGUGUGGUGGUAACACGGUGUGGUGGUAAUACGGUGUGGUGGUAAUACGGUGUGUGGUAAUAUGGUGUGGUGGUAACACGGUGUGGUGGUAACACGGUGUGGUGGUAACACACGGUGUGGUGGUAAUACGGUGUGGUGGUAAUACGGUGUGGUGGUAACAUGGUGUGGUGGUAACACGGGUGUGGUGGUAAUACGGUGUGGUGGGUAAUACGGUGUGGUGGUAAUACGUGUGGUGGUAAUAUGGUGGUACACGGUGUGGUGGUCACACGGUGUGGUGGUAAUACGGUGUGGUGGGUAAAUACGGUGUGGUGGUAAUACGGUGUGGUGGUAACACGGUGGUGGUGGUAAUACGGUGUGGGGGUAACACGGUGUGGUUGGUCACACGGUGUGGUGGUCACACGGUGUUGGUGGUGGUACACGGUGUGGUGGUAAUACGGUUGUGGUGGUAACACGGUGUGGUGGUAAACGGUGUGGUGGUAAUACGGUGUGGUGGUCACACGGUGUGGUGGUAAUACGGUGUGGUGGUCACACGGUGUGGUGGUCACACGGUGUGGUGGUAACACGGUGUGGUGGUAAUACGGUGUGGUGGUAAUACGGUGUGGUGGUAAUACGGUGUGGUGGUAAUACGGUGUGGUGGGUAAUACGGUGUGGUGGUCACACGGUGUGGUGGUAACACGGUGUGGUGGUAAUACGGUGUGGUGGUAACGGUGUGGUGGUAACACGGUGUGGUGGUAACACGGUGUGGUGUAAUAAGGUGUGGUGGUAAUACGGUGUGGUGGUAAUACGGUGUGGUGGUAAUGGGGUGGUAACACGUGUGUGGUGGUAAUACGGUGUGGUGGUAAUACGGUGUUGGGUGGUAAUAUGGUGGUAACACGGUGUGGUGGUCACACGGUGGGGUGGUAAUACGGUGUCGGGUAAUACGGUGUGGUGGUAACACGGUGUGGUGGUAUACGGUGUGGUGGUAAUACGGUGUGGUGGUAACACGGUGUGGUGGUCACACGGUGUGGUUGGUCACACGGUGUGGUGGUCACACGGUGUGUGGUAAUACGGUGUGGUGGUAACACGGUGUGGUGGUAACACGGUGUGGUGGUAAUACGGUGUGGUGGUCACACGGUGUGGUGGUAAUACGGUGUGGUGGUCACAUGGUGUGGUGGUCACACGGUGUGGUGGUAACACGGUGUGGUGGUAAUACGGUGUGGUGGUAAUACGGUGUGGUGGUAAUACGGUGUGGUGGUAAUACGGUGUGGUGGUAACACGGUGUGGUGGUAACACGGUGAGGUGGUAAUACGGUGUGGUGGUAAUACGGUGUGGUGGUAACAUGGUGUGGUGGUAACACGGUGUGGUGGUAAUACGGUGUGGUGGUAAUACGGUGUGGUGGUAAUACGGUGUGGUGGUAAUAUGGUGGUAACACGGUGUGGUGGUCACACGGUGUGGUGGUAAUACGGUGUGGUGGUAAUACGGUGUGGUGGUAACACGGUGUGGUGGUAAUACGGUGUGGUGGUAAUACGGUGUGGUGGUAACACGGUGUGGUGGUCACACGGUGUGGUGGUCACACGGUGUGGUGGUCACACGGUGUGGUGGUAAUACGGUGUGGUGGUAACACGGUGUGGUGGUAAUACGGUGUGGUGGUAACACGGUGUGGUGGUAAUACGGUGUGGUGGUAAUACGGUGUGGUGGUAAUACGGUGUGGUGGUCACACGGUGUGGUGGUCACACGGUGUGGUGGUCACACGGUGUGGUGGUAAUACAGUGUGGUGGUAAUACGGUGUGGUGGUCACACGGUGUGGUGGUCACACGGUGUGGUGGUCACACGGUGUGGUGGUCACACGGUGUGGUGGUAAUACGGUGUGGUGGUAACACGGUGUGGUGGUAAUACGGUGUGGUGGUAACACGGUGUGGUGGUCACACGGUGUGGUGGUAACACGGUGUGGAGGUAACACGGUGUGAUGGUAACACGGUGUGGUGGUAACACGGUGUGGUGGUCACACGGUGUGGUGGUAAUACGGUGUGGUGGUAACACGGUGUGGUGGUAACACGGUGGUAACAAGGUGUGGUGGUAAUACGGUGUGGUGGUAACACGGUGUGGUGGUAAUACGGUGUGGUGGUAACACGGUGUGGUGGUAAUACGGUGUGGUGGUAACACGGUGUGGUGGUAACACGGUGGUAACACGGUGUGGUGGUAAUACGGUGGUAACACGGUGUGGUGGUAACACGGUGUGGUGGUAACACGGUGGUAACACGGUGUGGUGGUAAUACGGUGGUCACACGGUGUGGUGGUAACACGGUGUGGUGGUAACACGGUGUGGUGGUAACACGGUGUGGUGGUAAUACGGUGUGGUGGUAAUACGGUGUGGUGUUAAUAUGGUGUGGUGGUAAUACGGUGUGGUGGUAACACGGUAUGGUGGUAACACGGUGUGGUGGUAAUAUGGUUGGAAUAUGUAUUGUAUCAGUCAAAAGUUUGGAACACCUACUCAUUCAAGGGUUUUUCUUUAUUUUUACUAUUUUCUACAUUGUAGAAUAAUAGUGAAGACAUCAAAACUAUGAAUUAACACAUAUGUAAUCAUGUAGUACCAAACCAGUGUUAAACAAAUCAAAAUAUAUUUAAUAUUUGUGUCCUGUGUAGCUCAGUUGGUAGAGCAUGGCGUUUGCAACACCAGGGUUGUGGGUUCGAUUCCCACGGGGGACCAGUACAAAAAAAUAAAUACAAAUUAAAGAAUAAAAAAAAUGUGUGCACUCACUAAACUGUAAGUCGCUCUGGAUAAGCGCGUCUGCUAAAUGACAAAAAUGUCGAAUGUAAUUCUUCAAAGUAGCCACCCUUUGCCUUGAUGACAGCUUUCCACAUUCUUGGCAUUCGCUCUACCAGCUUCAUGAGGUAGUCACCUGGAAUGCAGUACAAUUCCCAUACAAUGUAGAAAAUAGUAAAAAUAAAGAAAAACCCUGGACUCAAUAGGUGUGUCCAAACUUUUGACUGGUACUGUACACUACCGUCAAAGGUUUGGGGUCACUUAGAAAUGUCCUUGUUUUCGAAAGAAAAACAAAUUUGUUGUCAAUUAAAAUAACAUCAAAUUAAUCAGAAAUACAGUGUAGACAUUGUUAAUGUUGUAAAUGGCUAUUGUAGCUGGAAACGGCUGAUUUUGAAUAGAAUAUCUACAGUACAUAGGCGUACAGAGGCCCAUUGUCGGCAUCCAUCAGUCCUGUGUUCCAAUGGCACGUUGUGUUUGCUAAUCCAGGUUUAUCAUUUUAAAAGGCUAUUUGAUCAUUAGAAAACCCUUUUUGCAAUUAUGUUAGCACAGCUGAAAACUUUUGUGCUGAUUAAAGAAGCAAUAAAACUGGCAUUCUUGAGACUAGUUGAGUAUCUGGAAAAUCAGCAAUUGUGGGUUCAAUUACAGGAUCAAAAUGGCCAGAAACAAAUAACGUUCUUCUUAAACUCGUCAGUCUACUUUUCAUUAAUUUUUGUAUUUUAUUUCACCUUUAUUUAACCAGGUAAGCCAGUUGAGAACAAGUUCUCAUUUACAACUGCGACCUGGCCAAGAUAAAGCAAAGCAUUGCGAUAAAAACAACAACACAGAGUUACAUAUGGGGUAAACAAAACAUAAAGUCAAAAAUACAACAGAAAAUAUACAGUGAGGGGAAAAAAGUAUUUGAUCCCCUGCUGAUUUUGUACGUUUGCCCACUGACAAAUAAAUUAUCAGUCUAUAAUUUUAAUGGUAGGUUUAUUUGAACAGUGAGAGACAGAAUAACAAAAUCCAGAAAAAUGCAUGUCAAAAAUGUUAUAAAUUGAUUUGCAUUUUAAUGAGGGAAAUAAGUAUUUGACCCCCUCUCAAUCAGAAAGAUUUCUGGCUCCCAGGUGUCUUUUAUACAGGUAACGAGCUGAGAUUAGGAGCACACUCUUAAAGGGAAUGAUCCUAAUCUCAGCUUGUUACCUGUAUAAAAGAAACCUGUCCACAGAAGCAAUCAAUCAAUCAGAUUCCAAAAUCUCCACCAUGGCCAAGACCAAAGAGCUCUCCAAGGAUGUCAGGGACAAGAUUGUAGACCUACACAAGGCUGGAAUGGGCUACAAGACCACCGCCAAGCAGCUUGGUGAGAAGGUGAAAACAGUUGGUGCGAUUAUUCGCAAAUGGAAGAAACACAAAAUAACUGUCAAUCUCCCUCGGCCUGGGGCUCCAUGCAAGAUCUCACCUCGUGGAGAUGCAAUGAUCAUGAGAACGGUGAGGAAUCAGCCCAGAUCUACACGGGAGGAUCUUGUCAAUGAUCUCAAGGCAGCUGGGACCAUAGUCACCAAGAAAACAAUUGGUAACACACUACGCCGUGAAGGACUGAAAUCCUGCAGCGCCCGCAAGGUCCCCCUGCUCAAGAAAGCACAUAUACAGGGCCGUCUGAAGUUUGCCAAUGAACAUCUGAAUGAUUCAGAGGAGAACUGGGUGAAAGUGUUGUGGUCAGAUGAGACCAAAAUCGAGCUCUCUGGCAUCAACUCAACUCGCCGUGUUUGGAGGAGAAGGAAUACUGCCUAUGACCCCAAUAACACCAUCCCCACUGUCAAACAUGGAGGUGGAAACAUUAUGCUUUGGGGGUGUUUUUCUGCUAAGGGGACAGGACAACUUCACCGCAUCAAAGGGACGAUGGACGGGGCCAUGUACCGUCAAAUCUUGGGUGAGAACCUUCCCUCAGCCAGGGCAUUGAAAAUGGGUCCUGGAUGGGUAUUCCAGCAUGACAAUGACCCAAAACACACGGCCAAGGCAACAAAGGACUGGCUCAAGAAGAAGCACAUUAAGGUCCUGGAGUGGCCUUGCCAGUCUCCAGACCUUAAUCCCAUAGAAAAUCUGUGGAGUGAGCUGAAGGUUCGAGUUGCCAAACGUCAGCCUCGAAACCUUAAUGACUUGUAGAAGAUCUGCAAAGAGGAGUGGGACAAAAUACCUCCUGAGAUGUUUGCAAACCUGGUGGCCAACUACAAGAAACGUCUGACCUCUGUGAUUGCCAACAAGGGUUUUGCCACCAAGUACUAAGUCAUGUUUUGCAGAGGGGUCAAAUACUUAUUUCCCUCAUUAAAAUGCAAAUCAAAUUUAUAACAUUUUUGACGUACGUUUUUGUGGAUUUUUUGUUGUUGUUGUUAUUCUGUCUCUCACUGUUCAAAUAAACCUACCAUUAAAAUUAUAGACUGAUCAUUUCUUUGUCAGUGGGCAAACGUACAAAAUCAGCAGGGGAUCAAAUACUUUUUUCCCUCACUGUAGUUUGCAAGCCCUGCCACAUCCGAUGUGCGUUAGAGCCGGUGUAGUACGAUUCAAUCUUAGUCCUGUAUUGACUCUUUGCCUGUUUGAUGGUUCGUCGGAGGGCAUAGCAGGAUUUCUUAUAAGCGUCCGGGUUAGAGUCCCGCUCCUUGAAAGCGACAGCUCUACCCUUUAGCUCAGUGCGGAUGUUGCCUGUAAUCCAUGGCUUCUGAUUGGGGUAUGUACGUACAGUCACUGUGGGGACGACGUCAUUGAUGCACUUAUUGAUGAAGCCAGUGAUUGAUGUGGUGUACUCCUCAAUGCCAUCGGAAGAAUCCCGGAACAUAUGUAUUGGGUAUAUGUUGUGAAAUUGUUAGAUAUUACUUGUUAGAUAUUACUGCACUGUCGGAGCUAGAAGCACAAGCAUUUCGCUACACCCACUAUAACAUCUGCUAAACACGUGUAUGUGACAAAUAAAAUUUGCUUUGAUUUAUUCCAGUCUGUGCUAGCAAAACAGUCCUGUAGUUUAACAUCUGCUUCAUCUGACCACUUUUUUAUUGACCGAGUCACUGGCGCUUCCUGCUUUAGUUUUUGCCUGUAAGCAGGAAUCAGGAGGAUAGAAUUAUGGUCAGAUUUGCCAAAUGGAGGGCGAGGGAGAGCUUUGAACGCGUCUCUGUGUGUUGAGUAAAGGUCGUCUAGAGGAUUUAAGUUUCCCUGCAUUAAAGUCCCCAGCCACUAGGAGCGCUGCCUCCGGAUGAGCGUUUUCCUGUUUGCUUAUGGCCGUAUACAGCUCAUUGAGUGCGGUCUUAGUGCCAGCAUCGGUUUGUGGUGGUAAAUAGACAGCUACGAAGAAUAUAGAUGAAAACUAUCUUGGUAGAUAGUGUGGUCUACAGCUUAUCAUGAGAUACUCAUGAGAUAACCUAAAGACUUCCUAACAUAUUGUGCACCAGCUGUUGUUUAAAAAUAUACAUAGACCGCCACCCCUUGUCUUACCGGAGUCAGCUGUUCUAUCCUGCCGAUACAGUGUAUAACCCACCAGCUGUAUGUUAUUCAUGUCUUCGUUCAGCCACGACUCUGUGAAACAUAAGAUAUUACAGUUUUUAAUGUCCCGUUGGUAGGAUAUUCGUGCCUGUAGUUCGUCCACUUUAUUAUCAAGAGAUUGUAAGUUGGCCAAUAGUAUCGAUGGCAAAGGCAGAUUAGCCACUCGCCGCUGGCUCCUAACCAUGCACCCCGAUCUCCUUCCGCGAUAUCUCCUUUUCUUUCUACUACGAAUGACGGGGAUGAGGGCCCUGUCGGGUGUCUGGAGCAAAUCCCUCUCUUCCAACUCAUUAAAGAAAAAUUAUUUGUCCAGUUCAAAGUGAGUAAUCGCUGUUCUGAUGUCCAGAAGCUCUUUUCGGUCAUAAGAGAUGGUAGCAGCAACAUUAUGUAAAAUAUAAGUUUAAAACAAUGCGAAAAAACACACAAAAUAGCACGGUCGGUUAAGAGUCCAUAGAACGGCAGCCAGCCCCUCCGGCGCCAAGUCUAUCUAUACACACACACACACAACACUAUACCACACUAUCCCUUACGAAAAACAACACUAUAGUAAAGGACUGUAGUAAAGCUGUCACGCCCUGACUCUAGGGACCCUGACUCUAGGGACCCUGACUCUAGGGACCCUGACUCUAGGGACCCUGACUCUAGGGACCCUGACUCUAGGGACUCGUAUUUGUUGAGUCAGGGUGUGUAUUUUCUGUGUCGUGUUGUGCUAUGUUGAUUGUCUAUGGUUAGAUCUAGUAAAGCAGACAACUAUUUUUUUGAAAUAUUUAAUUGUACUUUUUGUUGUUUAUUUAACAAUACAAAAUAAAUACACACAUUGACAAAAACAAUAGACAACUUAAUAUUUACAUACAUACAAUUUCCACAAACGUUAAUGAUGUCACACUUGCUCAGAUCCACAUGUACCCACCGUAUCCACACCCAAUGCUGUUUCUAAUGCUUGUGAAAAAGUAAUUGUUUGUCUGGCUACAACAUAACACAAUUUGAAAAUCAUAUGGGGCAAUCACUAGUCUGCUAACACCUAACUCUUGAAGUCCUCCUGACUUCAGAGUCUGGAAUGUCUCUUUGAUGUGGUCGGCACAAUGCGUUGGUAAUGCUUUUACUGGUUGUCCCUCCUCUGUGUCUUUCUCACUCAAACACCAACAGUCACACUCAGCCCCUGACCUCCGCCCCCUUCUAUUACAAUGGUUGGAAUUUCAAAUCCAAACAAUGAGAGGUCUCAACCCCAGAGGAAAAAACAAACAUUUGAGAGAACCAAUCAAACCCUGUCGCACAAUUUAUGAGCAAAUACGGCAUUAACAACCAGCCUCCUAUCCAGACCAGUGUGGUCACAGCUCUCCCUGCUCUGUGAGUCACGUGGGUCACAUCAGCCAGGCUAGUUCAUCAGAGCAAACACAAUCAAAUUCAAGUCUAAUGUUUUUGUAAAAAUAAUUGACCAUGCCCACCGUGGCUGGAGUAUCCGGCAGACGCGUAUACUCUCGGACCAUCACACUGUCUUGGCCCCAUUCUGUCUGGUCCACUAAGCGUUCUGGAUCGCGGUCCUCCUUCAACUUGGUGUGCCGGCCAGAUGUUGUCAGUUUUCCAAAUGCACAAAUCUUUCAACAUAUACUUCACCUGGCAAGACGCGACUACUGCUCAAGCUUGGUGUGUCGCUCGGUGUGUCCACAUUCCUAUGUAUUCAUGUGUGUGUUUCGUGUAUAUAAAAGGUGGCGUUUACAGAAUACUCUUCUUCACCUUCAGGCUAUAA